UCGUCGCCGCUGCCCGUAGUAUCGAUGUGGCCCACUGAGGAGUUCCACGUCAGAGACACGGCCGGUGGCAGCCGGAGACACAUCAUAGGAAGAGCACAGGCGGGUAACUGUCUGGAAGUCAGUCAUUGACAGAGAGUAUUCAUCGGAGGUGCCUAAGAAGAGCAGCUUGGCACAAUGACAGCCGCGGAAAAUGUGUGUUACACUCUCAUAAAUGUUGCGUCGGACUCCGAACCUCCAUCGGAAAUCAGUCUCAAAACGGACCUAGAAAAGGGGGAGAUCAAAGCAAAAACUGAAGCGCUGAAGAAGGUGAUCAUCAUGAUCCUGAAUGGGGAGAAGCUGCCUGGACUGCUGAUGACCAUCAUCCGCUUUGUCCUCCCACUGCAAGACCACACCAUCAAGAAGUUGCUCCUGGUCUUCUGGGAGAUCGUGCCCAAGACCACCCCAGAUGGCAAGCUGCUGCAAGAGAUGAUUCUGGUCUGCGAUGCCUACAGAAAGGACUUGCAGCAUCCCAACGAGUUCAUCCGUGGGUCCACGCUGCGCUUCCUGUGCAAGCUGAAGGAAUCCGAAUUGCUUGAGCCGCUGAUGCCGGCCAUCCGUGCCUGUUUGGAGCACAGGCACAGCUACGUGCGCAGGAAUGCUGUGCUGGCCAUCUACACCAUAUACAGGAAUUUUGAGCAUUUGAUACCAGAUGCUCCAGAGCUGAUCCAUGAUUUUCUUGUCAAUGAGAAAGAUGCCAGUUGCAAGAGAAAUGCUUUCAUGAUGUUAAUUCAUGCAGACCAGGAUCGUGCUCUGGACUACCUCAGCACCUGCAUUGACCAGGUCCACACAUUUGGAGACAUCCUUCAGCUUGUUAUUGUAGAGUUGAUUUACAAGGUCUGCCACGCCAACCCCUCAGAGCGUGCCCGCUUCAUCCGCUGUAUAUACAACCUGCUGCAGUCCUCCAGCCCUGCCGUCAAGUAUGAGGCAGCAGGCACGCUUGUCACCCUGUCCAGCGCACCAACGGCCAUCAAGGCUGCUGCCCAGUGCUACAUCGAUCUGAUAAUCAAGGAGAGUGACAACAAUGUCAAGCUGAUUGUCCUGGACCGGCUGAUCGAGCUGAAAGAGCAUCCUACUCAUGAGCGUGUGCUUCAGGACCUGGUAAUGGACAUCUUGCGAGUUUUGACUACACCAGACCUAGAGGUCCGGAAAAAGACCCUGCAGCUUGCUCUGGACUUGGUUUCGACGCGGAACGUGGAGGAGCUGGUUAUAGUUCUGAAGAAGGAGGUCAUCAAGACCAACAAUGUGACGGAGCACGAGGACACAGACAAGUACAGACAGCUAUUAGUGCGCACCCUGCACUCCUGCAGUGUGCGCUUCCCUGACAUGGCAGUCACUGUCAUCCCUGUGCUGAUGGAGUUCCUUAGUGACUCCAACGAGGCCGCCGCUGCUGACGUCCUGGAGUUUGUGAGGGAGGCUGUCCAGAGGUUCGAGGGCUUAAGGCCGCUCAUCAUUGAGAAGAUGCUGGAGGUCUUUCAUGCCAUCAAGACUGUCAAGAUUUACCGGGGGGCGCUUUGGAUUCUGGGAGAGUACUGCAGCACCAAGGACGAUAUCCAGAGUGUCAUGACGGAGGUCCGCCGGUCCCUCGGAGAGAUCCCGAUCGUGGAGAACGAGAUAAAGAGGGAGCUGGGCGAGGUUAGACCAGAGGAGGAGCUGAGUGCAGUACCCACGCCGAAGCUGGUGACCGAGAUGGGCACCUACGUCACACAGAGUGCGCUCAGCUCCUCACGGCCCUCCAAGAAGGCAGAGGACAGGCCGCCUCUCAGGGGAUUCCUGAUGGAUGGAGAUUUCUAUGUUGCGGCUUCCUUGGCGACAACCUUGACCAAGCUGGCUCUGCGUUAUGUAGCUCUUGUUCCAGAAAAGAGAAACCAGAACUCCUUUGUAGCUGAGUCCAUGCUGAUCAUGGCCACCGUGCUCCACCUGGGCAAGACGACGCUGCCCAAGAAGCCGAUCACGGACGACGACGUGGACCGCAUCUCGCUGUGCCUCAAGGUGCUGUCCGAGUGCUCGCCUCUCAUGGACGACAUCUUCAACAAGGAGUGCCGCAGGUCUCUGUCACACAUGUUAGCGGUCAAGCUGGAGGAGGAGAAGCUCUCGCAGAAGAAAGAGUCGGAGAAGCGGAGCGUGACUGUGCAGGCAGACGACCCCAUCUCCUUCAUGCAGCUCACUGCAAAAAGCGAGAUGGCCUCCAAGGAGGACCAGUUCCAGCUCAGCCUGCUGGCAGCCAUGGGCAACACGCAGAGGAAGGAGGCGGCUGACCCCCUGGCCUCCAAGCUCAACAAGGUGACUCAGCUGACCGGCUUCUCAGACCCUGUUUACGCCGAGGCCUAUGUCCACGUCAACCAGUACGACAUAGUAUUGGAUGUGUUGGUUGUCAACCAGACCAGCGACACCCUACAGAACUGUACGCUGGAGCUCGCAACACUGGGUGACCUGAAGCUGGUGGAGAAGCCGUCACCGCUGACGCUGGCACCCCAUGAUUUUGCCAACAUCAAAGCCAAUGUGAAGGUGGCUUCGACAGAGAAUGGCAUAAUCUUUGGGAACAUAGUGUACGACAUUUCUGGGGCAGCCAGCGACAGGAACUGCGUGGUCCUAAGCGACAUCCAUAUAGACAUCAUGGACUACAUCCAGCCCGCCUCCUGCACCGACGCCGAAUUCCGGCAAAUGUGGGCCGAGUUCGAAUGGGAGAACAAGGUGACUGUGAACACAAACAUCACGGACCUGAAUGACUACCUGCAGCACAUUCUCAGCUCUACGAACAUGAAGUGUUUGACCCCAGAGAAGGCUCUCUCAGGCUUUUGCGGCUUCAUGGCCGCCAACCUGUACGCACGCUCCAUCUUUGGCGAGGACGCACUGGCCAACGUCAGCAUUGAGAAGCCCAUCCACCUGGGCCCCGACGCACCGGUCAAUGGCCACAUCCGCAUCCGGGCCAAGAGCCAGGGUAUGGCAUUGAGCCUGGGGGACAAGAUCAACCUGUCUCAGAAGAAGACUACCGCAUGAGGCGGCUGGCAGUGAGCCCCCCCUUUCUCCGGCUCACUGGAGACCCUGUGUUGCUUGUUCCUUGUCUCUGUGCCGCUUUCGCUUCCCUCUGAAUGAGACCCGGACGGCGCUUUGUAGGCGAUCGACUGACUUGACUUAAGUGCUGGUGGAUUUACGCUUCAUUUCAGCAUGGAAAUCUUCCUUAUUGUCUUGUAGUCAGUGUUUCUUGUUCAACUGUAACUUACACUAAACUUUGCACCUCAUAAUAAAGUUUCAUUCCAUAAGUGA